CGGAAAGGAAAGAAAAAAGCGUUGAAUCCCGAUAAGUGGAUUAAAUUUGAGCUGCAAGACACAUCAAGAGUCAACCAUAACUCUCACCUGUUCAGGUUUUCCUUUGAUCCUUCUACUAAGUUGGGCUUUGAUAUUGCUUCGUGCAUUCUAACUAGGGCUCCUGUAGGACUGGAUGAUAAUGGGAAAACGGAAUAUGUACUUCGCUCGUAUACUCCUAUAUCAGAUCCCGAAUGCAAGGGUUAUUUUGAUUUACUGGUUAAGAUUUAUCCAGAAGGGAAAAUGAGCCAGCAUCUGGUGAAUUUAAGACCAGGCGAUGUGCUAGAAGUAAAAGGGCCAAAGGUAAAGCUCCAAUAUACUCCUAACAUGAAGAAACACAUUGGAAUGAUAGCAGGUGGCACAGGCAUUACACCGAUGUUGCAAGUGAUUAACGCUAUUAUAAAGAAUCCCGAUGACAAAACUCAGAUAUCUUUGCUAUAUGCUAACAUCUCACCAGAAGACAUACUACUAAAGCAAAAACUUGACAUACUCUCAGUUAGCUACCCAAAUUUGAAGAUAUACUACACCGUAGAGAACCAAACUAACAACUGGAAGGGAGGGAAAGGCUAUAUAACACAAAAUAUGGUUGAGAAAGGCAUGCCUAGUCCAAGAGAAGACACACUCAUUCUAGUAUGUGGUCCCUCUGGAAUGAUGAAUCACAUCUCUGGAGACAAUGCAAAAGACUAUUCCCAAGGCGAGGUCUCUGGCGUACUUAAGGAACUUGGUUACACAGAAGAGAUGGUUCACAAGUUCUGAUGGAUAUUUAAGGCGUCAGGUCAGAAGCAAUAAAAAUUUACCAAGUUUGUUUCUUGUAAGCUGAAAUCUACAGCUUUACAUUACUAAGAAAAUUUUCAUGUGUCAACAGUUGAUAUUAUUCAGCUGCCACUGUAUUUUUCACAGCAGUGAGAAUAAAAUGUCUGUAAAUCAGGCUGACAUCAAAUUUCUCGUCUCCUCUUCUUUUCAUUCUCUUAAACACAUUUCGAAUAACUCGGUUUUAUGGAAAAUCAACACCUCUGUGCUA